UUUGAUUUAAUCAUUUUAAAUAAUGUAUACAACAUGAUUAUGUCUAACGUGAUUUGUCACUUUGAACUGAGAAAGCACAGAAAUGGCGCCGCUCACAUCGUUUCCCUCAAAACAACAGCAGUAGAGUAAUUCAUGUUGCCUUGGGAGAUUCAUGGUCCUGAUGCUGUAAGAGUUUCCUUCCUUAACCCCUAAUGUUAUUUGGAGAUUUAAAAUGGAGCAGCAAAUGUCUGGAUAUGAUGCCGCUAACCAUGUGGAAAAUGACAAUCUUACAACACACGAUACAUCUGAAGAUAAUCCUGUGCUACCAAGCAGGAAAAAAGUAGCCAAAAGAUUGAAAACAUCCAAAAAAAGAAAAAAGUCUCCCUCUGUUAUCCAAGAAAAGUCUACAUCUGAAGUGGGUCAUGUUGCAGAGGGCACCGAACACAUGUAUCGUACCCACAUCUGCUCAGAAUGCAGACGAUGCUUCAAGUCUCGCUCCCAUCUGAUGGAACACAUGCGCCUUCAUUUCCCUGAUCCCAGUCUGCAGUGCCCCACCUGCAAACAUUACUUUACCAGCAAGAGUAAACUACGCGUCCACAUGCUAAGAGAGACCGGACAGAAACUUCACCGGUGCCACCUGUGCGAAUACAAAGCUGUGGAACGUAAUUCUCUCCGACGGCACCUUGCCAGCGUGCACGGGCACCAAGAUGAUGACGCUCACAAAGAAGAGCUGUUUACGUGCCCAACUUGCCAAGAGACGUUCAAUCAGAGUCAGGCUUUAAAGAGUCAUAUGAAGUCCCACAACAACACACAAAAAGGGCAGCCAUUGCUCUGCUUUUAUAAGGGCUGCUCAUUUCAGUGUACAGAAAAGAAGAAGCUUCAAAAGCACACGUUAGAGGCUCACAGAAUCGAGGCUGUGGGGUGCCGCCACCACUCCUGUGGUGCCGUUUUUGGGAGCCAAGACGACAUGGAGAAACACUUUCGCACGCAUCAGGCCUACCACUGCCCGCACUGUGACUUUUCCUGCUCAAAUAAAAAUCGCUUUCUGCAGCACAAGAGACAGGGACAUCUAGGGAAACAAGAGCUGAACUGUAGUUUUUGUACUUUUUCCACUCUCAACCCUGUAGAGUUCAAUCAACACGUUGGCCGCUUUCAUGCCAAUGAGAAAACGCAACACUGCCCGCAGUGCAGCUUUGUGACGGCACACAAACGGGUCCUCAAAAGACACAUGCUGAUGCAUACUGGCGAAAAACCCCACAAAUGUACGCUGUGCGACUUCAGAUGCCGUGAUGAGACGUACCUAUCAAAGCACAUGCUGACACAUUCCAACGAAAAACACCACAUGUGCUCUGAAUGUGGAUAUGUUACCAAAUGGAAACACUAUCUGAGCGUCCACAUGCGUAAGCACGUGGGAGAUCUGAGGUACAAAUGCAAUCAGUGUCCAUAUCGUUGCCACCGCAUUGACCAACUAAACAGCCACAAACUCCGUCACCAGGAAAAGUCCCUGAUCUGUGAGGUGUGCGCGUACUCCUGCAAGAGAAAAACUGAGCUGUGCAGGCAUAUGCAGCUCAAGCACUCCACAAAUGCAGACAUUAAACCUCCUGUUUACCAGUGUAAAUUUUGCCCUUACACGACGAAGCAUCGGCAAGCCCUGCAUAGCCAUGAGAACUGCAGACACACGCGUACGCGCAUGUUCAGCUGCGCGCUUUGUCGAUACACCACUUUUAGCAGCACAGGUCUCUUCCUGCACAAAAAGAAAAGCCACGGAUAUGUACCCGGAGACGUGGGGUGGCUCGAGAGGUAUGCUGAGAAAGAGAAAGAACUAAACUCGACGGAUUUGACGCGGAGCUUUUUCUCCAAAACUACGGCACCUCAGACUGCAGAUUUUGAAUCUGGGGAACAAAACGGUAAUACAGAAGAUCCCAAUGAGACUAUCGAUGACUCGAUAAAUAAUAAUGAGAUUGAUAAUAAGGAGACCAAUAUUGUACCCCCAAGAGAAGAGGCAUGUAAGCUUCCUGAAGAACAAUGUGACACUCCAGUUUUUACUGCACAAACAAGCACAGAUAGCACACAAGUCAUACUUUUGCCUGCUGAGACAGAAGAAAAUACUACUUUUGAUGUAGGCCAUGCCGGAUCUCCAUUACAUGCCCUCCACCAGAACUCCCCAGAGCCAACAGCUGAGGACGAAGAUGACAGUAUUUCAUACCGCGAGGUCCAAAGUGACUCUGAAAAUCUGCCACCGGUCACAGAAACUGAGAAGGACAGGGUGGUCCAUCAGGAGAUCCCAACUUCUGAAUCAUCUGCUUCAGAAACCCGUCUGCAGGCCAUGAGGAGGCAAGACAAAGACCAGGCCGAAGCCCUUGUAUUAGAGGGCAGGGUGCAAAUGCUUGUCGUCCAGACACGAGACAACAUUUACCGGUGUAGCCGCUGCUCUUACGUGACUAGAAAACAAGCAGCGUUAAUCCGACACAACAGAUCAUCCUGCCAGGUGAUGAAAGCAGCACUACGUUGUCAGGACUGUGGCUUGCAGUUUAAACAGCAGCGUUCUCUGAACACUCAUCGACUCAGGAAGUGCCGAUCUUUAAAAAAGACAUUUAACACAAACACUACGAGUACAUCAGGGAGUAAUGUGUCCGAUCAUGUAAUCGAGAGUAAUUCAAAAGAGAGCACUGAUAUUGUUGUUAGUCAGACUAAGCAACCCCAAAUUACUGAGAUCAUUGGAGAUGAUUCAAUUGAAAGCACAUCACAGGACAGUCAGGCAUCUGUCAAAUGUAGAAAUAGCAAGAAUAUCAAUACUGAGACGGAGGGCUCUGUAAAUUAUGAGAUCUGUGGUUACAUUGAAGAUGACGGUCGUUUUACCUGCAAAGUAUGUCGUUUUCAAUCGAUCAGGAAAGUCACAAUUGAUCGGCAUUGCGCAGCAUGCAGGAGAAGAGUACGCAACAAAAGUCAAACUGAAAAUGAAGAGAAUUUUGAACCGGAUGAAGAUCCUAGUGACUCGGAUUAUCGUCAGGAUGAAGAUGAGGAAAAUUACCCUGAAAGAGAUUUGUCAGAGGAAGAAAUACCACGAGAGCCCAAACCUCGAUUCUCAUGUCCCAAUUGUCCUUUUGUGUGCCAUCAGAAGAGAGCGCUAUCAAGUCAUGAGAUAAAGGGUUGUUUAAAACCAGGAGAACUACAAUGUCCACACUGUUCAUUCGUGGCCAAAUCUGAAAGAUCUCUAAACCAUCAUGUUUUAGGUCACAGUAAGGACAAAAACGUCACAUCAGGCGUACUUCAGUGCAAGCUCUGCUCCUUCACCUGCAAACAAGAGCGUUGCCUGACCCAGCACGUUGCCAUGAAACACGAGGGAAUUCGACCUCACCAAUGCCGCUUUUGUUCGUUUAGCACGGUGCGCCGCUACCGCCUAGAGGCCCAUGAGUCCAUGCACACGGGUGUUGGGAGGCAUCGCUGUGAACUGUGUGGCCAGACGUUCGGCACCACAUCCAGACUACGUCUGCACCAUCAGCGUAUCCAUGACAAACACCCAACACAUUUUUGUUCUUUUUGUGACUACAAGGCGUAUAACUUUAAUGACAUCAACAGACACAACCUGAGCUGCCACACUGGUGACCUAAAACACCAGUGCUGCCAAUGCAACGCACGUUUUAGCUCAGAUAUUGCCCUUAAGCAACAUUGCAACCGCGUGCAUCAGUUUGCUAACAGUUUGUCUUGCGCUAACUGCAGCUUUACUUGCAACCGCCAAGCUUCUCUUAAAGCUCACAUGCAGCGCGACCAUUCUCACAUUAAGGAUGGUGCAAUAACAGAGGAUUCUGGCACUCAGGACGGUCCAGAUAAACAAAUCAAGACCUCCGUUACCCAUCAGUGUUCGGUUUGUUCCUUCAGCACUCAUAAAAGACUCCUUUUGGUCCAGCACAUGUUAGAUGAGCACGAAGGUGGGCCACCUGCCGAAAAAACUCUGAAGUGUGACGUUUGUGGUUUCUCCUGCACCCACCAAUUGGUGUUUGAUCAACAUGUGCGUUCCCACGGAGGAACCUGCCUGUUUAAGUGCACCGAAUGCGAGUUUUCCACUAGGAAUAAACAGAAGAUUACUUGGCACAUACGGGUACAUACUGGAGAGAAGCCUUAUCGCUGUGAGAAGUGCAGCUAUGCUUGUGCCGAUCCCUCACGGUUACAGUAUCACAUGAGGAUUCACACGGAGGAACGUAAAUACCUCUGCCCAGAAUGUGGAUACAAAUGCAAAUGGGUCAACCAGCUUAAGUAUCACAUGACGAAGCAUACAGGAGCCAAGCCGUAUUCGUGUGAAGACUGCGAGUACCGAACAAACCGCGCAGACGCUUUGCGUAUCCACCGGGAGACGCGCCACAGAGAUGCACGCUCCUUCAUCUGUGAGAAAUGCGGCAAGGCUUUUAAGACGCGCUUUCUGCUAAAGACUCACCAGAGAAAACACAGUGAGGAACGGCCUUACGUUUGCGCCGUAUGUCAAAGGGCGUUCCGCUGGCCCGCAGGUCUCCGACAUCAUUACCUGUCCCACACCAAUCAGUUGCCAUUUUACUGCCUCCACUGCCCCUACAGGGCCAAGCAGAAAUUUCAGGUAGUGAAGCAUCUUCAGAGACAUCACCCUGACCUGCCUGUGCAAGACGGUGUGGGUAAAGACCAAGAGGCCUCUAGCAUGGUUACACAAAAGACUUGGAUUACAGAAGAUGACUCUCAGAAGGGUGGCCAAUCUGCGUUAGGAGACAUUCAAGCAGGAGACAUAUAGUCAUGCAUUGUCUUCUGUAUACAUAGAUACAACAGUUUGAAUAUAGAGCAUGAUAAAAUAUGACAGUAUUACAUGCCAUUAACAUUCAUGGAAACCACAGUAAAUAAACUUUUAAAA